UUGUAAAGUAGUACUUUUAUUGGCGAUCCUCAUCCAUUUCCUCUCUCGUCGUUGUCUGGGAAUCGGUGACUUUUGAAUCUUUGCGACUCUCUUGUAGUGAUAAAUUGAUCGUUAUCUACUUUGAUACUCUCCGGUCGUUUUUCUCCGGUGCUGGAGAUCCGAUUCCUUAUCUUUUCUGUCUUGGCUCGAGAUCCGAGCCAAGCAGUAAAGAAGACGACUUUGUUUCACGAUUUGGAAUUUGAUUCCUGCGAUCACAGGUAUGACAGAUGGCAUCGGGUGAGGGAAUUUUGACGGAUGGACAGUGGAAAAAGCUUGAAAUAGCAACUCAUAAUUCUGGAAGUUUGUCAUCAUCGCCUAAAUCUCAUACUCUCUUUGCUGAUCUGAACAUUAAGUCUCCCACUGGUGGCAAAGGACCAGUUGCUGGGAUUCCUAAUAGGCAUGUGCGACGUACUCACUCAGGGAAGCAUAUUCGUGUUAAGAAGGAGGGUGCUGGUGGCAAAGGAACUUGGGGAAAGCUUCUUGACACUGAUGAUGGUGACUCCUGUAUUGAUAAGAAUGAUCCCAAUUACGAUAGUGGAGAGGACGCAUAUGAUGGACUUGUUGAUUCACCGGUAUCAGACCCGUUGAAUGAUUACAAAAAGUCAGUAGUUUCCAUCAUUGACGAAUACUUUAGCACCGGGGAUGUGAAAGUGGCGGCAUCUGACCUCAGGGAACUUGGUUCAAGCGAAUAUCAUCCUUACUUCACCAAGCGACUUGUUUCUAUGGCCAUGGACAGACACGAUAAGGAGAAGGAAAUGGCUUCAGUGCUACUCUCUGCAUUGUAUGCUGAUGUUAUUUUACCUGAUCAAAUUAGGGAUGGAUUUAUAAGACUUCUCAGAUCUGUUGAUGACCUUGCGGUGGACAUCCUUGAUGCUGUUAAUGUCCUUGCAUUGUUUAUUGCACGGGCCAUCGUUGACGAAAUUCUCCCUCCGGUUUUUCUGGUUAGAUCUAAGAAGAUUCUUCCAGAAUCUUGCAAAGGGUUUCAGGUUAUUGUAACUGCAGAAAAGAGCUAUCUCUCAGCUCCUCACCAUGCAGAACUAGUGGAGAAGAAAUGGGGAGGUAGUACUCACACUACAGUAGAAGAAACGAAGAAAAAGAUAUCUGAAAUCUUGAAGGAAUACGUGGAAAACGGAGACACUUACGAAGCUUGUAGAUGCAUCAGGGAAUUAGGUGUCUCGUUUUUCCAUCAUGAGGUUGUGAAGAGGGCUUUGGUUCUGGCGAUGGAUUCUCCAACCGCUGAGUCACUUGUACUAAAGCUGUUGAAGGAAACUGCUGAAGAAGGACUGAUCAGUUCGAGUCAAAUGGUGAAGGGAUUCUUCCGAGUAGCAGAGAGUCUCGAUGACCUUGCUCUAGAUAUCCCAUCUGCCAAAAAGCUGUUUGAUUCGAUAGUUCCAAAGGCUAUUUCUGGAGGCUGGCUCGAUGAUUCAUUUAAGAUAACCUCUGAUCAAGAUGGAGAAAAAUCGAGUCAAGACGGAAAGCUAAGACAGUACAAGAAGGAUACAGUGAACAUAAUUCAGGAAUAUUUCUUAUCAGAUGACAUUCCUGAGCUAAUCCGCAGUCUUCAAGAUUUAGGGGCACCUGAAUAUAACCCGGUGUUUCUGAAGAGGCUCAUAACUCUUGCUCUAGACAGGAAAAACAGAGAAAAGGAAAUGGCUUCGGUUCUUCUUUCUGCUCUUCACAUGGAGCUAUUCUCAACUGAAGAUUUCAUAAACGGUUUCAUUAUGCUCCUGGAAUCGGCAGAAGACACAGCUUUAGAUAUCAUGGACGCAUCAAACGAACUUGCUCUGUUUUUAGCUAGAGCUGUGAUUGACGACGUCUUAGCUCCACUUAACCUUGAAGAUAUCUCAACCAAGCUGCCUCCAAAAUCAACCGGAACCGAAACAGUCCGCUCAGCCAGGUCUCUUAUCUCCGCCAGACACGCAGGAGAGAGACUCCUAAGAAGCUGGGGAGGUGGAACCGGCUGGAUAGUGGAAGAUGCAAAGGACAAAAUCUCGAAACUCCUAGAAGAAUACGAAACAGGAGGAGUAACAUCAGAAGCUUGUCAAUGUAUCCGCGAUCUAGGGAUGCCUUUUUUCAACCACGAAGUAGUGAAGAAAGCUUUGGUGAUGGCAAUGGAGAAGCAGAAUGAUCGGUUACUGAAUCUGCUUGAGGAGUGUUUUGGUGAAGGAUUGAUUACAACUAACCAAAUGACGAAAGGGUUUGGUCGUGUUAACGACAGCCUCGAUGACUUGUCGCUUGAUAUACCGAACGCGAAAGAGAAGUUUGAGCUGUAUGCUAGUCAUGCCAUGGACAAUGGUUGGAUCCUUCCCGAGUUUGGGAUUUCUGCAACUCAGUGAUUAGUGGUUCUCUUAUCAGUUUCUUGUGUUUGUGCUUACGAUACUUUCCUCACUAUCUACAUAUAUGUAUGGAUUCAGUUAGUAGAUAAACAUGAGAUGUUUAUAUGUUCAUGUGUUUCUGUCUGGUUGUUGUGUUUUGUCUUUGUACUGAUAUCUUUUAGUGUGUUCUAAUUUCUGAUGGAUUUUUGUUACAUUGAAAAUAAGUUAUUAGCAUGGUUAAUUUGUGUUAACUU